AUGAAGGCAGCCGUCCUCACAGCCAUUACGGCUGGUCUGCUGCCCUUUGUCGGAGCUGCACCGCCUUCUCCUUUGACUGCAAGGGCAAAGAAUGACAUUGUCGAGGUUGAGAUUCCAUCUGGUAUCAUCAUUGGUUCGGUGGGCCAGACUGUCGACACGUUCAAUGGAAUCCCUUAUGGUGAUGCCCCAAUUGGAGAUUUGCGAUUCAGACCACCACAGAAGCUCUCGAGAUACCUUGGAGAUUUCGAUGCCACCAGAGUCCCAUUGUCAUGCUCUCAGGGACCCCUUGUCACUCUGGGAGGUCCCAGUGUCUCCGAGGAUUGCUUGACCAUCAAUGUUCAGCGGCCCAAAGGCGUCCAGGAGGGCGAUGAUCUCCCUGUGCUGUUCUGGAUCUAUGGCGGUGGCUUUCUAGGCGGAAGCACUGCUGGUUUUGACGGCACCAAGUUGAUUGACACUGGUGUGCUUCUUGGCAAGCCAUUCAUCUUUGUGGCAGUCAACUAUCGCGUCGCUGGAUGGGGGUUCAUGCCGGGAAAGCAGAUUCUGGAAGAGGGCAGCGGCAAUGCCGGGCUCCUUGAUCAACGGAUGGGCCUUGAAUGGGUUGCCGAUAACAUCAGGGCCUUUGGAGGCGAUCCAGACAAGGUCACCAUCUGGGGCGAAUCUGCUGGCGCCAUCUCCGUGUUUGACCAGCUUGUCCUCUUUGAUGGCGACGCCACGUAUAAUGGCAAUCCGCUGUUCCGGGGCGCCAUUAUGAACUCUGGUUCGGCGACUCCUACGGAUCCCUUGGACAGUGACAAGGGCCAGGCCAUCUAUGAUGCCGUUGCAGAAGCCGCCGGGUGUACAGGCGAUACCUCCCUGGACUGCCUUCGUAGUUUGGACAACGAUGAAUUUACUGUUGCCGCCAAUUCUGUGCCCGGCAUCUUCUCUUACAGCUCACUUGCUCUCUCAUAUCUUCCCAGACCAGACGGUCAAGCCUUGUCAGAUAGUCCUGAUGCACUUCAGAGAGCUGGAAAAUUCCACCAUGUGCCCAUGAUAAUCGGAACUCAGGAAGACGAGGGAACGCUCUUCAGUCUUACCCAAAGGAACAUGAGCUCAACCCAACAGAUUGUCGACUAUCUAUCCGAGUACUACUUCCACAACGCCAACCAAGACCAAAUCACCGACCUCGUUCAAACCUACAGCCCCUUUCCCAAGGAUGGAAGCCCGUAUGGCACCGGGGAUUUCGAGCUGUAUCCCGGCAAGAAGAGGCUCGCGUCCAUCCUCGGCGACAUUGUCUUUAAUCUCAUUCGUCGAAUUACGUUGCAGGUGUUUUCGGAAGUUGCGCCAGAUGUGCCUACAUGGUCGUACUUUUCGUCGUACAAGGACAUACUGCUUUCGUUUCUCUUUGGAACCUAUCAUGGAUCAGAUGUUGGCGUCUUGUUUUCGGGCGAGAAUAGCAACUACGCGACGUUUAGUGGCCGGGUGUACUAUAUCAACUUUUUGUAUAAUUUGGAUCCAAAUGUCGGUACGAGACCGGGCUUGUUUUGGCCGCAGUGGAAGGAGGGGAAGAAGUUGUUGGAGUUUAAGGGGAUUGCCAACGGGCUGAAGGAUGAUACUUAUCGGAACGCGAGCUACAACUUUUUGGUUAACAACAUUGAGGACUUGAGGUUCUAA